AGAGACUUGGUGAACGCGCGCGUCCCUUAAACUUGGAGCAAUCGGGGAGAGCCAUUUCUGCGAGGACACGCCGGCCGGUCUCCAUCGUCGUCGGUUUCUGCGAUCGAGCUGCUGACGGACAGCCACCGGAAGCGCGUCAGAUUCGCGCAACAGCGCCGCGUUUGAGUUGUCAGAGAGACAGACGGAUAAAAGCAGAGAAAGAGAGGGAGUGAGAAAAAGAGAAAGAGACCGCACACACAGUCGUCGCCUAUCCGCGGAUCGAGCGACUCGCAGUCGGCCAGUUGAGGCGCGAGGAAGCCAGCAGCGGAAAACAAAAGAAGGAAGGUGCCAAGCCCGAUCGAGGACCGAUCUCGUCGCAGAAGUCGUCCAAGGACCCCGUGCUCUCUCUCACCCCGUGCAUUUUGCCUCUCGCGUGUGCAGCCCGUGACCCACACGCGAUCCGCGAUCUGAUCCACAUUCGUGUCCGGGAUUCAGCCAACAGUUGUAUUCGCGUCUCGUCCCAGUAAUAAGGAUAUAUCAUCGGAUCGGACGCCUGCAACUCCUGCAACGCCGAUCUAACCCGCGCGAUUGCUCCAUUUUAUCGCUGGUACCAUAUACUCCGUUUUCCUUCCGUUCCGUUUUUCAUCCUCCGCUAUCACCUCAUUCAAUCAUCGUCCUGUGAUCGUCGCGAUCCCCGUCGUGUCGUGUCCGCGUAGUCGUUCAAACUCACUGAACUCCCGCCGGGUCCACGUAGACCCCGAGUCUACGACGAGGUCAGUACUCGGGGAAUCGGGUACGCGAGUCCGCGCGCACGCGCACCGAAUUCGUCGUUUUCGUUGAAAAACACCUAAUACACGUGACCGAGCCGCGUACUCGGUGGAAGCCGGCAUCAUAGCGUCGAGAAGCGAGCAGCCAGCCACCAUGUCAAAGCUCUACGUGGGCAAUCUGCCGUCAGAUUGCAACGAGAGCGCUCUCAGGCAACUUUUCCAGGAGCACAGCUUGGCAUGCACCACGAUCCUGGUAAAGCGUGGUGGCUACGCCUUCGUCGACUGUGCCGAUCAAUCCACAGCCGAUCGGGCAAUCGACAAGCUGAACGGAUAUACCUAUCUCGGAUCCUCGCUCGUUGUAGAACCGUCCGUAGCCAGCGCAGCAAAAAAACGCACGGUUUCAACGUAUGUUGACGAUAACGAAGCGCCAAAAGCCUUGAUACCAUCAUCAAUUCGAUAUCAUAAAGCGGUCGGCACUUUUGUCUACCAUAAAUGAAUUUUCAUACCUC